AUGGCAGAAAGCGUAGUUUCGGUGAAUUAUAGCGACAUGCAUUUCGCUCUAAAAAAUGGAAUAAAUAUGCCGGCUGUGGGUUUUGGAACAUUUCGCUUAACUGACUGCGAUCUUUUGUAUAAAACUAUAGAUUAUGCUCUCGAAGCUGGAUAUCGACUAUUUGAUACUGCCGCGGUUCAUGCCAAUGAAAAACACUUAAAGAAGAUUUUCCGAGAGUUGCUUCCGCUACACGGGCUUGUGCGUGAGGAUAUCUUUGUUACGACAAAAUUGUCGCCAUUUUCUAAUGGAGGUAAAUUCGUUCCCAACGCAUUUGAAAAAUCUUUGGAAAAUUUAGGUAUGGACUACAUAGACCUGUAUUUAAUUCAUUUCCCGGGUUCGCCCUCCGGUGACCAAAAGAGCCCCAAGCAUGCGAAAUUUAGACGAGAGACAUGGCUAGCGCUGGCCAAGCUUUACGAUGAAUCCAAAGUGAAAGCCAUCGGAGUGUCUAACUUUACGGUUAGGCAUUUGAUGCAACUCUCAGAAGUCAUGGCCAUGGGCCCAAUGGUUAACCAGGUUGAAUGGCAUCCUUACUAUUACCAACCGGAGUUGAUCCAAUAUUGUUGCGACCAUAAUAUUAGAAUUCAGGCGUAUAAUUCUUUUGGAGGUCUAUCUCGGGGCAAUAGAGAUCUGCUAGAGGAUCCGGUAGUGAAAAAAGUAGCCCAGAAGUAUGACGCUACAUCUGCACAGGUUUUGUUGAUAUGGGCUUUGCAAAAGGGAAUCGCGGUCAUCCCGAAAUCAACAAACCCUUACCACAUCAAGAAGAACAAGCAACUUCAUUUCAGGCUGUUUGAAAAAGAUGUAAUGAUUCUUGACGAAUUAAGCGCCAAAAAUCAAAAAUAUGCCUGGGAUCCCACUUGGAUUGCA